AUGCUGGGGAGCAGAGCCAGACCCCCGCCAUGGGCAACACGAGCAGCGCUGGAGCUGAAGGGCGGCCAGAAGACGCCGCGAAGGGACAGCUCCGGGGGCGUCAAGGAUGGGGACAGGCCCAAGAUCCUGAUGGACAGCCCCAAGGACGCCGGCCGACCUCUUCCACUAGAGGAAAUCAAGGCUCCAGAGAAGGAAGAAUUCCUGGCCUGGCAGCAUGACCUGGAAGUGAAUGAUAAAGCCCCUGCCCAGGCUCGGCCAACAGUAUUUCGAUGGGGGGGGGGUGGAAAGGAAGUUUACUUAUCCAGAUCCUUCAACAACUGGAGUAAACUUCCCCUCACGAGAAGCCACAAUAACUUUAAUAACUUUGUAGCCAUCCUGGACCUGCCUGAAGGAGAGCAUCAGUACAAGUUCUUUGUGGACGGUCAGUGGACACAUGACCCUUCUGAGCCGAUAGUAACCAGCCAGCUUGGCACAGUUAACAUCAUUCAAGUGAAUAAAACUGACUUUGAAGUAUUUGAUGCUUUAAUGGUGGAUUCCCAAAAGUGCUCUGAUGUGUCUGAGCUGUCCAGCUCCCCACCAGGCCCCUACCAUCAGGAGCCCUAUGUCUCAAAACCAGAAGAACAGUUUAAAGCACCGCCCAUUCUCCUGCCACAUCUGCUCCAGGUCAUCCUGAACAAGGACACAGGGAUUUCUUGUGAUCCAGCUUUGCUCCCCGAGCCCAACCACAUCAUGUUGAACCACCUUUAUGAGCUCUCUACCAAGGAUGGAGUGAUGGUGCUCAGCGCGACUCACCAGUACAAGAAAAAGUAUGUCACCACCUUGUUGUACAAGCCCAUAUGAAGAGCUGGGAACC